GUUAUAGAAAAGAUACUACUCAUAAGGGAAAAUAAAGUAAAAUUAACCGAUAAUACUCUCCCGCCAAAAGGUAAACUGUUGCCGUGGCGGGCAAGCGCCAUGGCGCUACUGUCGUCAGACGCGGUCACUGUUUUCAUCCCAUCUCGUGCGGCGACGGCAAUUAUCCGGAUCAGGGAAAUCUAAUUUUUCCACGGUUUAACGGGCGUAAGUCAAUAUCAUUGAUUUGAGCGUCGAUUACAUCGAAAUCGGUAACGGACAAGUGUGUUCGAAAAAUAUUCACGGGUAGACAGGAAGUGAAUAGUCGAUGAAAGUUUUCGGUGACGAGAGCCAUCUUGAUGAGCAUCGGCUUGCUCGUGAUAGACAGAGGACGAGUCUGUGGCGGCGGCGGCGGCGGCAAUGGCAUCGUUUCUAAAUGUUUUUCUAAUUUCUCGACUCUCGUUUUAUUUGCAACUGGAAUAGUCGCUUUUAUCGGUAACGAACGUUCACGGUGAGCCGGCUAAUAUUUCAAGAACAAAUUAUAUAUGUGAGUUUUGUUCGUUGGUAACUUACGCCACUGGCCGCGUUUACAAUGACUCCAUGCUGUGUCUGGACGUUUUACCAUUUAUGCGGGAAUUCGUUUAGUUUAAAUAAAAAGUUUCGCGUAAUACGCAUCGUGAUACGUCUUGGAAGUGGAGACGAUUUGCAAAAUUACCAAUGAUAGCUGUGCGUGUAUAGUGAACCUUCGAAUCGCCGUAACAACGGCAGUGGUGUCUUGUUAAAAAAUGUUCGCAGUUCGAUUUCCACCGGCAUGUUGCGUGUAAAUUUUUCUGACGCCCGCGAAACUUCGAAGUCCAAAUGUUAUAAAUUUUUUUUUAUUUACAGCGUAGCGUAUGAACAACGUGAUAAUGUUUAUGAAUCAUUUGCUGAAAGAAAUCAAAGCUUUUAGCGAAUUUAUUACGUAUGAUAAUUAAUAAGAAAAAAACAUUGCGGAUAUAGGUUCAUUUAGUCUAUCAAAUAAAAUGGAGGGAGGUGAUGGCCCUUCGGCCAUCAGUAGUAAUCCUACUGCUAUUAAAGCUGCACAAGAAGAGAUGGGAAGGUUAGAUGUUCUUGUGUGUGGACAGUGCCAUUCAGUUUUUCAUUUCAUUGAAGAGUUUCAAGAGCAUCGUACUAAAGAAGGCGCUUGUACUCAAGUUUCUCAUUUUCGUGAAAAUAGUAAUAAUGAACAAAAAGCACAAGUGUGGGCUUUCCUUUUAUGGAAAGAUUCACAAAUCCAACAGGAAGGGCCAGACAAGGAUUCAACAAAUUCAUGGAAACUUUACCAAAAAUGGUGUAAAAUGGAUACGCACAUAAGAGACUCAUGGAUAGCAGCUGGAAAAACUAUUCAAACAUUUACCAAAAUCAGUAAUGCAAAAAUGCAGGAUGUACCAAGGCAAAAUCAAAUAAGUGCAGGCACAGAAGGAAAGCCUGUUAUUGUUCGUAAAGUUAUUAGAAAUGGGCAGCCAGAAGAAACUGAUAGUAAAAAGGAUGUUAAAACUUUAGAAACCAAGGCUCAAAAAAGUAAUGAAUCUGUUGAUACUGAAGUAGAAAAGAAGGAGAAGCCAAAAUUGAAACCUUCUAUAAAACCCAAGGGUAAAUCUAGUAAAGCUGGUGAAGAAGAUAAAGAUUCAAGCGACGAAGAAUAUACAGUAGAAAAAAUUUUAGCAAAACGUUUCAAUCCAAAAAAGAGAUGUUCGGAAUAUUUAUUAAAAUGGGAGGGUUAUGGACACGAACAUAAUACAUGGGAACCUGCUGAGCAUGUAGCUACAUGUAAACAUUUAUUAGAAGAAUUUGAAAGAAAUCUUGCUAAGCAAAAAGAAUUAAAAGCAGCUCAACAGCAGGCUAAUUCAAAGGCAGCAGGACGCGGUGGUCAUCUUGCUCACAAAACAGUUAUAAAAACAGAAGCUAAACCUGGACCAAGUACUGCAGCUCACGUAGGAAGACCAAUGCGAUCAAGUAAAUCAAAAGCGAUGGAUCAAGUGAAGCAAUGGUGUGGUUCAAUGAAAGAUGAAGACAAUGAUCUAUUAGGGAAAAGGAGAAUGGAUUAUUCUGAGAGUGAUUCCGAGGAUGGAGGCAGCAGUGCUGCAAAACGAGCGAAAGGUGACACAGGUAGCGACGAAGACUGGACCGGAGAAUCCGAGGAGGAGAGAUUAUUGGGACGAAGCGACGUGAUCCAACGCGCGUUUAAUCGUGCCAAUGCUCAAUCGAACGGUUCUAACAGACCGAGUGGUUCGUCUUCAGAUCUUGCGACUUCAUUGGGACUUCAGUCUCCCGAAGGAGCAAAAUCUAACCAACCACCAGUUUUGGUUGCGAACGCAAAAGGUGUCGUUAAAGUUGAUCCCAAACAAAUGCCGAACUUAACGUCUGGCGUUUACGUAAUGUCUCGGAAAGAUGGCAUUAUCAAGUUGGAUUCGUCCCCUAGUGGAAAAUUAUCAGUAAAAGGUUCGCCGACUACACAAGGUGUUUUAAUGGUUCAAAAUCGAGAUAAUACUAACGUAGUGAGGAAGCAAGUAAUAACAGCAUCGCAGUCAAAUUCUGUAACACCUGUAAAAGUGGUUUCCAAAAUGGAUGGAAGUCAAGUAGUAACUCAAAUGAAAGUAGUUUCUAAACCAGUUACGACUAAAGCAGGAGGUACACAGAAAACAGAGCCUAUAAAGAUCCAGCCGAAACCAGAUCCGACACAGUUACCGCAGAUACAUGUCGUGACCGCGGUGCCGGCUCCUAUAACUUUGCAAUCAAGAAUAAGUACAGGAAUACGUCCUGGACCUGUUACAGGCCAACGCAGUGCGGAUGGUCGCCCAUUGUUACCAAGACCUCCACUGCGUGCGACAACACCGACUAGCGUACUCGGAAUCGGAUCAACGAUUCGCACACCUGUAAGGGCACCAGCCCCCAGACAAGUUCAGUCGCAGCAAACCCGUCAGGUGCUACAAAAACGUACGCCAGCUGUAACUACCCAAAGUAACUCGGUGAGUCCUGGAAAUGUUAAUCAGAUUAGACCGAAGUUCACGGUGCUUAGUCCACAGCCGAAGCAAGUGGUAAAGUCUGGAACUAGUCCAGUGCAACAGGCUAAACAAUCACCGAAAACACCAGUUGGUAAGCCACAGUCAUUAUUAUCUCCGCAGCAAAAGUUACUAAUGGCAAAAAGGAAAGCUCAAGAAGCAGCGGGUGUCGUUAAACCAGGUGGCCGUGGCCUCCUAGCAGGUGCUCGAGCUAGCGCCGGGCGAGGUAGAGGGAAACUGGCUGAAACACCAACGGCGACCACACCAGGAGCCAAACCAAAAGAAAGUAAAUUGGCGGAGGGUGACGGGCUUCAUAUGGAAUUCCACGAGGUAGGCUCCGAAGAAAGCAGCAGCGAGGGUGAACCAGAACUUCCACCUCCUGAGGCCGAUACCAUAGCCACUACGGAACCUGACAGUCCGCCCAGACCGUUCACUUUGUGUCCACUAACCGGACGCAUCAUCGGUCCAGACGGUGAACCAGUUGAACAACAAGCUGAACCACAACCUGAACCAGAACCCGCCACAUCGUUAUCCACCGUUAAAACAACUACCACCACAUCCGAGAGUAUAGACGUUUCUGCUACCACUACCACGACAGAAUUGGUGCUACCUUCCCUUGAUUCUCUUACAGAGACUGGUGGGAUAAUGAGAGUCGAAAUGAGUCCGGGUGGAACAACGGGCACAAUUGUUCAAACGAGCGAGCCAGCACAAAUCAACUUAACGAAUGUUUCUGUCCCGGCUCCGGAUCUUCCAUGCUUGGACGAUACCGCUCCAGCCGUGGCCACUCCGGUCACAACGACGACGACAACUUCCUUGACAGAAGCUACAUCGAGUAGCGAAUCGACCAUCGCUCCAGGCUUAACAACAGCUACAGUUACUUCGACUAGCACGAUAACGAUCGCAUCCACUGAUGUAGCCAAGUCCGAGGAGAAACUAACGGAGGAAAGGAAGGUAGCGGAAGAUGCGUCGAACUUGGUGACGAUAACCGGAGAGGAUGGUGUUGUUUAUCAAGUGGCAGGUCAAGCCGAGGAUGGCCAAACGUUAUUGGUCACCCGAGAUGCCGAUGGCGAACAGCAAUGCGUGUAUGUUACUACGGAACAGCAAGGUGACGACGGAUCUGUAUUAACGUUGGAUCAUGCUGUGGCAGAAGCCGUGGCUCAGCUGAUACCUGAUCAAGUAAACCUGGCCUCGCAGUUUUACGUAAAGGAGGGUGGAACAGAGCCUACUGAAAAUCCUAUGGUGAUGUCCAUCAUGGAUAACACGAAUACUGCCGAUGUGACUGAAGGGCAGGAGGAAGGUGACGGUCAUGGACAAGUCGUAGCUCAAGUCGUACAAGCGGAAGAACCUACUCCAGGUGGUACCAGAAGAGUGGUUUUACUCUUACCUGACGGAAAUCUGAUGAUGACCGAAGUGACGGAAGAACAGUACGCUGCACUCGGACUAGGCAAGUGAAGAGACACUUAAACGUUGACACACACGUGGAAAGAAUAAACAAUCAUGCAUCGAACUUAUACGAUUUAUGUGGAAAUUGUACGCUUAAGGGUGAUCGUGGGUUGUAUAUAUUGUAAGAACGUUCACUUCGUACAAUUGCAAUGGAUAAAAUUUAUCAGAUAUGUUUUCCAGCUGAUACAAUGUGCAAGAAAAGAUAACACGUAAACAACAUAUAAGCUGGUGUAUUGUAAAAAACGCAAACAAAACAAAACAAAAAAAUGAUUCACAAAUACAGACACGUAGAGGUUAGAUUAAUGGAUAAACAAGUACAUUUUAGAAAUUUCAUGUUUCACUAUAAAACGAAUCCGCUCUGGAAUUUUAAUUUUUAUGUUUAAUUUAUGGUACAAGCAGCAAAAACGCGCAUAGAGUAAAAUAAUAACGCGAAGAGAGAAAGGAUAACUGCAUCUUCGAUAACGACACACCAUUAUACGUUUGAAGUAAGCAUUGUAUUUGUAGGAUAGUGAAGUAUAAUCUGGGGUUUUAUAUUUUCCACGGAACAAACCAAUAGGCUUUUUAAUAAAACAAAAUACUUCUUUCCCCUGCAUACAAAGUCCAAGCUUUACGACGCGAUAAGUCACAAGUUUUAGGGAAGUCGCGAAGGGGUACCGAUCAUGAUAAACGCGAAUCGGCGCUUCAACAUGUAAAUAUACGAAAUUAAUACUUCUCUAAGAAGAGGGGGGACAAAUUUUUACAUAGAAGCUUGAACCUAGUUUGACUAGCAUUUUCCAUUGUACAAGAUCGACGCAAAACGAUGGUUCUUUUCGAUUCUUCGUUUAAAUUAAUUUGCUGAUGGGAAAGAGACAUUGGCGUAACUAGGUGGGGCCUAGAUUUUGGACUUGACCUUCCAAAAUGUGGCACCGUUAUAACAAAUUAUUGGAAUAAGUACAGUGCCGAGCACGGUAGACUUCCUUAGGGUGAUUUAAGGAAAGGAGGCUUCAUCGUGCCCUCUUUCCUUACAUCGGUAUAUUCCCUAGAGAAAACAUUAACGCUUGAUAAAUCUUUUUCUCUACGGAAGCAUACUUGGUCUAAUGUACACGAAAACCUUAGUUACGCCAAUGGCGGUAAAUCGCGCUUCGUAUGAAUUUCAUAAAUUCGUACGCUUGUAAAAAUUAUUCGACACUACUUUCAUGGACUGUGUAUGCUUAAUCUAUCUAGAUUAAAUAAGUGCACACUUAUAAAAGGAAACACAUCAUUUCUAAAUCUAUAAGGCUUACAAAAGAAGAAAAUACAAAUACAGUGUUGUUUAAUGGAACAUCACGCGCGUCUCAUUAUUAUUAAGCCCAUUCCUAUUACAUAUAUCUCAUUAUUAUUAUUAUUAAUCAGAGAAGUUUCUUUUUAAAUACUAUAAGUGCUUUUUUUGUCGAGACACUGAGAACUUACUUAUUGUGCAGAUAUACACAUCUAUCAAACUAAUUGUAAUAAUAUUUCUUUUCUUUCUUUUGUUUAACGGAAUCUUUGUAAACACCGUAAAUUUAUGUUACAAAAUCGUGAGGUUUCUCUCGCUUGUUUAUAUUAUUAUUAAAUUGUACAAAGCGUAAUUUGUAAUGUCUUACACGUUAAACGAGAAGGAAAGAACAUUGCGUAUAAUGUUUAUGCGUGUUGGGAUGAUUAUAUAUAAAUAUUAUAUAUAUAUAUAAAUGUAUAUGUAUACACGUACGACGAAUUCAAAAAAGAUAAAAAAAAGAAUUCUUUGUAUUCAAGAAUUACGGAUAAAUACGAUAAGUGUACCUUAUGUGAUUAUCAUCGAAACGUCGAGCAAAAGCGAGUUUUCCUCGACGUUUUUAAAAAAAAAAAAGGGUUAAACUAGAUUCAAGCGUUUAAUUAUUAAAUAAGCAGUCCGAGACUCGCGAUAAGAAUUACAGAGGAGAAAGAACUGCACGAAAUGAAAAAUAAAAGUAAAAACAAUUAUUAUAUCUUCAGUGUAAGAGGAAACUAUUUUGCACGAUGUACGGCCAGGAAUAUAAAAUCCUAGUAUUUUACUAACGUAACCCUUUUGUACAUAGAAUUUCAUUCUCUAAACCUUUAUAUAAAAAAAAUUGUUUCCAAAUAAAUCAUAGUCUUAAAAAUUCA